AUGAGAUGGAGUACAUGGACUCGUGACUCGUCUCUGCGACUGCAAGCGUUCAAGGAGGCCUACCCAGCGAUCAAUGAUCGCAUCUCCAUCGCUGAGGCGUGGGUGUUCUCCAUCCCCACUAUGGCAGAGACGAUCGCGGCUAAUCCUCCUGCCAAGGGAACGUGGUGGGUGCUGGGACACCAACCAACGAGUGACAUGCAAAGAGACCGAAGCCACACGCCACCGCAUGACAACGACAUCUUUGAGGCUCCGCUGCAGAUCGAGCCGCCACAAAUGACGCAGCCAGACCUGGACACAUCCGAGGAUGCGCUGUGGGACAACAUGGAGGCCGAGGCAGAAAAGCUGGACAACACCACCGACCGGGGCAAGACCACCAACGAGCGCCGCUUCGACAACUGA